AUGGACCAAGCAUCUACACCAGAAGUGACAUCCUUGGAUCAAGAUCUUCGGGAACUAAGAAAUAACAAGUUUUCAACGGAAGCUAUCGAUGAAAUAAGUGAAUGGGUUUAUUUGACGAUACUAAAGAAAGGACAAUGCCCCCCACAUUUUUUAGAAUCUUUGAAAGACGGUGUAACGUUAUGUGAAUUGGCCAACAUACUUUCUGCUGCUGACUCUGGCAAAUCAAUCAAAAUCAGGACCGGUAAAUCACCGUUCAUGCAAAUGGAACAAAUAUCCCAGUUUCUCUCAUUUGCUAGACUAUAUGGGGUUCCCGAAGAUGAAUUAUUUCAAACUGUAGACCUAUACGAAGACAAAGACGCAGCUUGCGUUUAUCAAACUUUGAAAUCAGUUUCACGGUAUGCGAACCAAAAGCAUCCAGACCGAUUUCCGGUUAUUGGACCCCAAAUCGCUGCAAAACGGGCCGGACCACCGGUCAAGUCUAAACCUGAUCAUCUCAAAUCAUGGAGCACAUUGGAAUACGGGUAUAUGAAAGGUGCCAAUCAAGCCAGCGAGAAAGUCGUUUUUGGCCGCAGAAGGGACUUUAACUGA